UUGCGGGGGCGGCAGAGGAGAGGGAUGCUCUCGGAACCGCGGCUCCCCGCUCUAGGGCGGGCGGGCGGGCGGCCAGGGCACAUCCCCACCUCAAGCCCCAGUUCCUGCGUUCGGAGCGGGAGACGCCUCCUCGGACACGUUAAAAGUUUGGGGCGGCUCCGGCUCCGGAGGAGGCAGAGCACGACGGCAGGAGGCAAGAGCUCGGCGGGCGCUGAGCCCCCGGCCCCGGGCACCGCCCCACGCCGUCGCCGCGGGAAGAUGGCGAGCCGCAGCCUGCGCCUGCUGCUCCUCCUUUUCGUGGGGCUCCUGAGCUAUCCUGGUGUGUCUGGAAUCUCCAUUGAAACAGAUAAUAAAAAUGUAAAAGCAGAGGAGUUUAAAGAGGCUAUUCUUAGUUGCAAACACAAAUUUUCGAAAGGAAUGAGUUUAAGAAUAGAGUGGAAGAAAAUCCAAUCUCAAGGAGUCUCAUUUGUCUACUACAAUAGUGAAUUUACAGGUGAUCUUCGAGGCCGAGCAGAGAUGUUGAAUACAGGAAUCCGAAUUAGGAAUGUGACUAGAAGGGAUUCCGGGACCUACCGCUGUGAAAUCAGUGCCAAGAGUGAAGAGGGGCAACGCCUGGGAGAGGCUACUAUUACUCUCACAGUAUUGGUUGCUCCAACUACUCCAGUGUGUGAGGUACCCAGCUCCGCAAUGACAGGAACGGUUGUGCAGAUGAGUUGUAAGGAAAAUGAGGGCUCCCCUCCAUCUGAGUACCAGUGGUACAAGAAUGGUGUUGCCUUGCUGGAGAAGACAGGAACAGGAAGUGCUAGAGCAGCAAAUAUAACUUACACCAUGAAUAAAAAGUCUGGCACUCUGCUGUUUAAUACAGUUACAAAGAAUGAUACUGGAGAGUAUUUCUGUGAAGCCUCUAAUGGGAUUGGAUUAUCUCAGAAAUGCUCAGUGAAGCGAAUGCAAGUUGAUGACCUUAAUGUAAGCGGUAUCAUUGUGGCUGUAGUACUUGUGGCUCUGGUGAUGGUGCUGUGUGGCCUUGGAGUAUUCUAUGCCCAGAAAAAGGGCUACUUUGCAAAGGAAAGUUCUUCCCAAAAGAAGAUGAACUAUCAAUCUACAAAUGAAAAGGAUUUCAAGCAUACCAAGUCCUUUGUUAUUUAGAAGAUUUCAGCCUCUGUGAGGGACAUCAAAUUACUACUUGUUAUACAAAAGUAUCACUGUCCUGGUUUCAGCUGGGAUAAUUUUCUUCAUAGUAGCUGUGUUUUGGAUUUAAUAUGAGAAUAAAGUUGAUAACACACUGCUGUUUUAGUUGCUGCUGAGUAGUGCUUACCCCAAGUCAAGGAGUCCUCAGAUUCCCAUGGUCUUCCAGUGAGGAGGUGCAAAAGAAGCAGGGACAGAGCACAGCUGGGACAGCUGAUCUGAGUUGUCCAGAGGGAUAUGCAUAGAAUCACAGAAUCAUCAAAUAAGCUGAGUUGGAAGGGACCCAUCAGGAUCAUGAAGUCCAACUCCUGGCCCUGCACAGGACACCCCAAGAAUCACACCAUGUGCCUGUCACAUUGUCCAAACGCUUCUGGAACUCAAACAGGCUUGGUGCUUGGUGACUGCUUCCAUGCCAGAACAUCACGCCCAGUAUUAAAACUGGGGAAGUUGGCCAGGAGGAGCCAGCUGCUGCUGGGGGACAGGCUGGUCAUCGGUCAGUGAGUGGUGAGAAACUGUUGUGCAUCACUUGCCUUUCUUGGGCUUUACUCCUCUCUCCUUUUCACUACAAUUCAUAUUAUUAUUGUUAUUAUUGUCAUUAGUAUUAUUAGUAUUUUAUAUUACUUUGUUUCAAUUAUUAAACUGUUGUUCUCUCAACCCACCAGUUUUACUUUUUUUUUUUCCCAAUUUUCCCACUGGGCUGGGAUGGGGACAGUGAACAAGCAGCCACAUGGGGCUGGGCUGCUGGCUGAGCUGCUGGCAGUUCUUUUUGGCACACAAUGUGCGACUCAAAAGGUUGAGAUGAAAGCAGAUCUGACUAGAGCAUGUUAGAACAAGUUUGUUAUAAGCCUUCAUUGUAUUGGUUUUAUAGUUUGCUGGCCACCAUAUUGACUCAUUUGCUCUAGGCCUGGGCUAAGGUUACCACUGUGUUGUUCUGGCUUGUGAAACGAUAGAAUGGCUGUUCAUGAGCCUGCCUGGUGCGUGUCCCCACUGUCCUUUGGGAGCCAUCUGGUGGAAACUAUCCACAGUUACAUCUACUGCCUUUUACCCUCAGAGAGCCAACCCACGGCAAAAACACCUUCCUUCCCCUCCAGGAUGAUUACAAUAGCAUUUGAGAAUUUUAAAGACUUCACAUAUCCUGUGACUACCCUUGAAACCAACCAGGUCCUUUUGGUAACAAUCAGUACAUUGCAUAUGGUUUAGGCCUUCUUUAGGGUUAAGAAAAGAUCUGUGGCAACCGAAACCCCACCAACAUGUAUUGUACCUACAAAAACUUCAGUAACAGGCCAACAAGAGGCAACCACUCAAUCCUUAUUUCUGAGUGAGCUGAAGGAUAUACACAAGUAUUUCAGCUGUUGUCCUGAUGAGCAUACUACCAGCUAGCUGUUCCAAUGCUGUGAUUGGAACUAACAGACUGGAAUUAGAGGGCAGGAAUCACUUUGUAAGAAAACAAGCAUUGACAAAGUGAUUGCAAGAGAGACACAAGUCCCCAGCCUCUGGAAGCGAGUCCUGUCAAGCCUGAAGGAAAGGUAUCCUUACAAGAAUGAUACUACAUGUCACCAUGCAAGUAGAAGAUAUCCAAUACUUGAGGGAAUUGGCCAAUUCCUCUGCACAUGACCCAUGUGGUGGAAGUUUGUAGAGUGUACCAAGACACACACCAACCCACUGAUGUUAAUCUGAAAAGACAUCACACCACCAUCUGUGGAUACAGUGGCUUGCCGUCUCUGGGAAUUGGAAGACAACCUCUUUUCCUCUCAUCUGUAGAGAAACUAUCAGAUAAACUGUCCCAGAAGUUUCAGCAGUUCAAGAGGUUAUGUUCUAUUCCUCAUCUCUACAGACCCAUGCUAAUGAGAGUAAGUGUUGGCUCAAGAGGGAGGAUAUGGAAGGCACACACCAUGGGAUACUCUGGGAGUUUAGCUGAGAGACCACAGAGAAGGCAUGAGGAAUUGGGAUGGGAGACCUCCCUUGACCCUAGAGACAUGAAUUGUAAGGAAAACAAUCCCAAAUGGGGGUUCUUCCAGGAAAGCUGCUACUCCCAUCUCCAGUGGAUGGUUUCCCAGGCAGAGUGGAAGGGCUGAAUUUCCUCCUGAUCCUAUGGAAAUUCUAAUCCAUUUCUUCAAAAAGUAAGAAUGCAGGUUUAGAUGUGGAUUUUUUGAAAAUGCAUACUCCAAACUACUCUGAUUGUAAGCCCUCUUUAUCAAGUGAUUCAGAAGAAUGAUUUCACAUGGGGCCCUGAGCAACACCAAGCUUUUGACCAGAAUAAACUAGAAAUACUUGGAAAACAGUCACAGACGCUUGGGCCAAGGAACAUGGCAUUUAGUGGGUAUAUUGUAUCAUGCACCAGCUGAGAAAACCACAUGAUCCAAUGGACUGUGAGACUACACUGAGAGCAAUGGCCAGGGGGAACCUUCAAACAUGGGGAUGCACAUUGGCAAAGGCCACCUGGUGAAUGGGCACUAGAAGAUCUACCAAGUGGGCUGGUUCUGCCCAAUCAAAACUUUUCCUGUAGGAAAGAAUAAAAUUCCUGUAGUGCAUAUGAAAACUGUCCUGCAGAAGACAGUCUGGGUUGUGCCUGCCUUGGACAAAGACAAACUCUUCUGUGGAAUUGUUUCUGCUGAAGGACUUGGGCACACUUUUUAAGACAGGGGGAUGGGCAAGUCUGGUUUGUGCAUUGUGUGAUGUUAAUUUCCGUGUAAUGCUGUGUAUUAGCACUUCUCCGUCAGCUGCAUGCCUGCAAUUGCACUGGGCACCUCAUGGUGCCUGUCUCCACCCCUCCAGCUUUGGGGAUCUGAACCCAGCUCCCCUGAACUGCCGCAUUAAGAAUGAACUUUGAUGUAACUGGACAAGCAGAGCAGUGACGGAAUCAGAACUGGCUUCAACAUGCAACAAUCCAACACCAGACACCCUCUUUCCUGCGACUGUCAUAAGCCAAAAGUCAUGGACUGAAUUAAUUCAGUAGACUUCUACGGGGAUUGUCUAUAGAUUAAGGAAAUGGUAUCUGUGUGUGCAUCUAUAAAAAGAUGGGAAAGGUGCUGGUAUAUUGGGAAGUGUGGGAUUCUGCGUGACAUAAAACAGAUGAUACUUUUAUGGUUUCAGCUGAGAGUUAAUUUUCUUCCUAGUAGCUGGUAUAGAGCUGGGGUUUUUUUAAUUAGUAUUAGAAUAAUGUCAAUAACAUAAUAAUGUUUCAGUUGUUGCUCAGUAGUACUUACCCCAAAUCAAAGACUUUUCAGUGUCUGAUGCUCUGCCAGUGAGAAGGUGCUCAGGGAACAGGGCCAGGACCCUGACCUGAACUGGGCAAAGGGAUAAAACAUGAUGCCCAGUAUUUAAGCUGGGGGGAAGUUGGCUGGGAGGGGUCAUUUGCUGCUGGGGAACAGGCUGGGUAUCAGUCAGUGAGUGGUGAUGAGCACUUGUGCUUCUCAGGUUUUCUUUCUCUCUCUUUUUCCCAUAUUUUUACUUUGGUUCAAUUAUUUAAGUGCUUUAUCUCAACCCAUUAAUUUUGUUUCUAAUUCCUUUCCCUACAGUAGGGGGAGGUGAUGGAGUGAGCCAGAGGCUAUGGGAUGCUUAGUUGCCAGCUAGGGUUAAACCACAACAUCAAGUGAUCUUUUGACCUCUGCUCUGUAAAUAUUGUUUCCAUGUCUUACAUGCUGACAAUACAAACUGCCAAUAUUUAGUCAACCUAGCUGUGAUGGCAUUUCAAAAAAACCCAACCCCCAAAUAAACUUAAAGACAAAUUAACUCAUAUAUUCUAUUCAGUUCUGUGUGAAAGCUUCUCAUUUUGUUCAUACGUACAUGCAGCAAUACAAGAUUCACUCUUGCAGCUUGGAACAAUCUAUUCAAAUAACUUUCAUAACCACCUCACUACUUGUCUCUCAGCCAUUGUCAGGGCUCAAUUUCUUCUGCAAUUCUGAUUUACUAGGACUUAAGAGAUGAUUUUGGCAAAUCUGAUACAAUCUCAAAGUGUGUAGAAGUAACCUCACUAUGCUGACAAAAUAAAUCUUCCUGUAAUAAAAGCUCAAGCAGUGUUUCAGUGUUUAAUGUGGAAAUCUCUCUCUCUGUAGACUGCGUAUGUAGUUUCAUUCUGAAGAAAAAUCAUGUCAGUACAAUUCAAACUGUAGUAUGAAGACUCUAACUGUCAAAGUGUUUAUGUAGUUUCUCAGAUAUAAUUAUUAUAAAUAAAUAGCUCCUCAGAAGCUAAA